AUGAAUGUCGACAUUGUUAAAGUAAAACAGGACAUCAAGAACUGGGAGCAUUCCUUCACAGAUGCGCACCGGCGAUUACCUUCUAAGGCAGACAUCAAUGACAACGCAGACAUUAAAAACUUGUACGCAUUGUACAAAUCGCUUAAACUGGGGAAGCCACCACGAGCUGUCAGCAAGAGUCGGCCAGAGCAAGAUAAGCUUGAAUCGAAAAACUCAAACAGGGAAGAUGUACCUGCCACACCCAAGGGCGAACUCGGACCCACGCCACAAGCAAAUGGUCGAAUAUUGUCAAUAUUUGACAUGAAAUGGACGCCGCCCGAGUCAUCCCCUUUGAAGCACAAGAUACCAGACGCUACGUUGGAGCAUUCCCCUUCUCUUCUCGUCGACAGCAUGCCAGAGUUGAAGGGCACAACGGAGGAAAAUGGCAAUCACACGUUUGCUACGCCGACGAAAAAACCGAAAAGUAUCAAUGCCACUCCCAGCAACACAGCCAAGCGGAAAUUGAACUUUCUGGAUAUCGAAACACCAAGAUAUAUGAAAACGAGCCUUUCUACUCCGAGUUUCGCAAAGACUACUUCGAAUGUCGUCGAAUUUCAAGUGUCGCCGUCUCCAUUGAGGCCGCAAAAAAUGUUUAAGAAAUUGACCGACGUUUAUAAAGCUUCUAUAGAAGACCCAGUCUGUUUCGAGGAGAGUGACGCAGCAGGCAAUGUGCCUGCAGAAAAGAAUCCCGAGGACUCUGUUGAGGUUGAAGGAGGUGCACUUGCCGCAGAGGAAGCUUCAUCCGACAGCAAGGUCCACUUGAAGAAACUGAAGACUCAAAAACGGCAGACUAGAAGGUCCAAAAUGGCACCAAGACCAACGGACGAGGCACAAAGUUUGGAGCAUGUCAACAUCCGAGAAGAAAUUGCCUGCUUGGAUGAGAGACAAAAGAAAUCGUUGUUGGGCUACAUCAACUCAGAUAGCGAAGAUGAAGAGCACGACGUUGAUCCUAGCCAUGCAAAUCAGAGUCCCGUGAAGCGAACACGAAAACCAAUGGCUGAGAACUACAAGCGAUUGAAGAUCAAUGACCCGCGGUCCAGGAGAUUUAAGCAAAGGAUGCGUAGAUAA